GUGUACAUCAUUCGCGCUUUUCAUCGCUAUAUUGCUGAUUGGCUGUAAAUUUUACCGCGCACUUGUAUUGUGCGUGAGUGGAAAAGAAAGAAAUAAAAAAACAAUUACAUAAACGUAAACGUGCGCUGGAGACUGGAAGGACUGGAGCCGCCGCUGGAUUUUGGAUGCUAGUACGCUAGUACUAGUAAAAAAACAAACACCGGAUCGAACGCUGGAGAAUUUGCAAACGAAUGUGUUAUUUGUGUAGUGAUUCAUCAAUUUCAAGAAUACAUGGUUAUUCGAGAAAUUCCUCGAAAAUUUAUGAAAUCGGACAUCGUUAGUAAAAUCCGAAAAACGAAAAAUGAGUCUUUCAUCGGAUGAUGAGAGUUCAGAUAGUAGCGGAGCUGAGUAUCUCAUUCAGCCGGGCAAGUUGAACUUGGAGAGUUCGUUUUUCAAACGAUCAACUUCGAACACUACAAAAUCAUCAGACACCAAUAAAAUCAACGAAGUCAGUGAUUCCUCAGAUUCUGACGAUGAUUUCCAUUGCGUUGAUGACGAGAAAGAUUCAGCUACGCUUCUGGCCGAGGUGAUGAAAAAUUUGGAAAACGCGAAUAAAACGAAUGCUUCGAUCGUCGAGAAUAACGUAAAAGAGGAAAAAGAAGGUUUGAAAAAGGAAUCGCCAAAAAAGGAGGAUAAACAUGUUCUCUCCAACGAAAUUGCAAAUCUUUUGUUACAAGGUGAAACAGGCACUUCGUCCUUUGUACCCAGUUCAAAUGAAGACGUUGAGGAGACGAAACCUCUGGAAUAUACAAUUCCGAAGGAAGGUGUUAACAUCAUCCUUCCUGGAACAGAUAUGAUGUUCCGGCGACAAAAAAAAAGCAACAGUAGCAUAGAAGAUGUGCUGAGAAGAAAAAUUAAUCAAAGACUCCGUUCCAAUCAAAUAUACAUUCAUAAAACUGGUCUUUUGUGUUGGUUAGCCCAUGGUUUUCAUCUCAACAAACAAAUCAACGACGCCGAAGUCCUUGCCACUGCACUUUCCCUUGUUCCUUCCACAAGCUAUCCCAAAGGCCGUACCGAUCUCAAGUACCUGGAACAGUUCACUAAGUGGUUUAAAAAUUUGAUUACAAUUGAGUUCAAGGAAGUUGACGAAGCUGUCAAAAAAGAAACUUUACUAGUGAGACUGAAAGAAAAAAAAGUACAUAAUUAUCGAGAACUGGUCCUCUUAUGUAUUGCCACUCUUCGAGCGAUCGGUCUCACCUGCAGACUGGUCAUAUCUAUGUGCCCACCUCCUUUGAAACCAAGCGGUCACCAACUUUUUCAAAAACCCAAGUCUGAAGUGAAAGAUGAGAAAAAUAAUGAGAAACCCAGCAGGACUAGUGCUGCUAAGAUUUCAAAGCAAGGCAAAAGGAGCAGCAAAAAUGAAAAAAUGAGAAGCGGUGCGCAGGAAUCCAGUUCGAAGAUCAUACCUGAAAACAGCAGUGUAGUUGAUGAAGGUUUGAAAACAGAUGCGAAAAAGCGAGCUGCAAGCAUUUUAACUAAAUUUGCGAAUACACAGAACAAAAAAUCAAUCAAAACACUACUUAAUCAGAAAAGUAGUACUUCGGGUACUGUCAAGAGUCCGGAUAAGAAAGGGAAUAGCGGUGACAGCCAGGAAAAGGAAGUUGAAAAAGUAACGAGCCAAGAAAAAAAACGUGAUGAAACAAAAAGUCUUAAAAGCAAUGCUGAUCAUGUACAAAGUCCUCCGCGAACAAGGACUCUAAGGUCAAGAGUUAUUGAACAGAAUUCUCGAGCCAAUAGUGUCAAGGUAAAUAAAACGGUUCAUUUUGAGGAGGAGAUUCAAAAACCGAAUGAAAAAGAAUCAACGAGACGAACACGAGCGAGAAAAGUGCCUGCACCUUCAACGAGCAAAAAAGCAGACAGUGAUUCUGACUUUGAGAUGGAAGAAAAAUCGUCAAAAAAUCAAGCCAGCACGAGUCAAAAACAUAUUAUGUCAGAAAGCGAUUCCGACGAUGAAUUUGAACCAAAACCGCCUCCUAAAAAAAGAAAAAUAAUACAUUCGAAAAAAAGUGACUCUCCUCGGGUUUCUAUUGAUAGAAGAGUUUUAUCUUCUGACGAAGAAGAAUCAUCGGAAAUCGUCGAUGCCAAAGGAGCUCAAAACGUUUGGAUCGAGGUUUAUGUUGAGUCCGAGGAGAGCUGGAUCAGUAUUAGUGUGCCCGAUAACAAAAUCCAUUGCGUCAGUGAAAUCUAUAAAAAAGCCCCAAAGCCUGUGCUAUACGUUGUUGCCUGGAAUUCGGUUGGCACGUUGAAGGAUGUCACGCGAAGAUAUUGUCCUCACUGGCUAACGGAAACUCGAAAAAAGCGCGUUGACGAAAAUUGGUGGACUGAAACGUUGCUUCCGUGGAAAGAAAAUGACAGUGUACUGUCCAAAGCCGAAGACGAGAUGCUUUUACAACGUGAAUUGGAGCAGCCUCUACCAACAACAGUGGGAGAGUGCAAAGGACAUCCGUUGUAUGUUUUAACGAGGCAUUUGUUAAAAUUUGAAGCCUUGUAUCCCCCGGAAUGUGUUCCUCUUGGUCACACGCGGACAGGAGAAGCAAUUUAUUCGCGUCACUGUGUUCACACUUUAUGCUCCCGUGAGACCUGGAUAAAGAAAGCUCGUGUCGUAAAACCCGCUCAAAUUGCCUACAAAACCGUUAAAGCACUACCAAAGUACGAUAAGCUCUCCGGGAUUAAAUUGAAAGAUCAGCCGCUCGAAUUGUUUGGCAAAUGGCAAACAACACCAUAUGUUCCACCUGAAGCUAAAAACGGCAUUGUGCCCAGAAAUGAAUAUGGAAAUGUUGAUCUUUUCCAACAAUGCAUGCUGCCUAAAGGAACCGUCCAUAUUAAUCUUCCAGGGUUGAACCGAAUAGCGAGAAAAUUAGGAAUAGAUUGUUCGCCAGCAGUAGUUGGUUUUAACUUCGGGUGUCGUGGAGCUUUGCCAGCAUUUGAAGGUUUCGUCGUAUGUGAAGAAUUCGAGGACACGUUACGAGAAGCUUGGGAGACCGAGCAGAUCGAAGCGCACAAGCGAGCGGUGGAGAAACGCGAAAAGCGAAUUUACGGUAAUUGGAAAAAACUCAUAAAAGGAUUGUUCAUAAGAGAGAGGCUUGCGGCGCGUUAUGAUUUCACCAAUGAUGACGAUGACAACAACGAUGACGAGAAAAAGCCAUCCUCGUCUUCAAAACAUGGCAAAAGCAAAGCCUCGCAAACAAAAAAAUCGAAUGCGAAAAAAGUAAAAACUUCCUAAAAAAAAAACGAAAGAAAUUUUGACGAUUUUUCUUCCAUCAGCAACGCUGAAGUACUUAUUAAUUAUCCGAUUAAGUUGCCUUUCUUUCUACAUACAUAUUUAUUUUUCAUUCGUUUUUUUUACAUCGAAAUUUAUUUAACGUUUCCCGCAUGUACAUAAUGCACAGUAUCGCUAAGAAAACUCGUGUGAUUUGGUCCAAUAGGAUCACAAUUCACAUGAGAGGAUUCAGUAUUCUAUCUCGAACAAUAGACAUGUACAGUGUUAUGAAAGUAAGUGAGAUUAUGGUCAAUAAAAACUAUACUUACGAUUA